AUGAGGAAUGAUGAUACAAGUAAUGAUGAUGAUACAAAUAUUGAACAUCCACCAUCAUUAUCAGAAGCAAUUAUAAUGGUGCGACGACUACACUUAUUGUCAACUACUCAAUAUCCUGAAUUACAUUUAUUCGUCACACAACUACAAUCGAAAUUGAUUGAUAUUUAUUUAGAUUCAAAUUGUUCUAAACAAUUAUCUAUUCGAGAUUUUUUUAAACCUAUAGGACUUGGAGGAUUAUAUGGGAAUGCAUCGUCUGACCCUCAAUUAAGGAUUAUUAAUUAUAUUCGUAUGCUCCUGAAGGACUUGAAAUAUGAUUUAAUUCGUUCUAUUGCACAAAUUUUUCAACAAGUAGUGGAUAAUCAAGAACAUAAAGAUGCAUUUGAAUAUGACGUUUAUGAAUUUCGACUAGUUAUUGAAAAGCGUGCUCUACAAGAAAAUGAAGAGAUUGAAGCAAUUAAAUCAUUAACAUAA